CUUUUUGAGGAUACCCAAAAAAUUUCGAAAAUUACUGUCUUAUAAAAUUAAAGUGAAGUUCUGGAAAUUCGAAAGUUACUCUCUUUUGUUAGUUUCACUACUGUUCACCUAAAGGUAUUUCGGAGCGCUAUUUGAUAUGCUUUCGUUUGUGUGAUCGCAAAUGUAUUGAUUCUGUGUGUCCCGUUCAAUGUCAGGAAGCGUCAUUAGUCAGCGUGAAGGACAGCCAGUUCUGAUCCUCACUUGUCAGCGGGAUUCACAUCCUUUCCAGGAACGCACUAUUAUAUUGAGUGAAGUACUCAAAGUUGGACGGUCUGUUGCUCGUGUUAAACCUGCAUCAAACAAUGCUAUUUUCGAUUGCAAAGUCCUGUCACGAAGUCAUGCUUUAAUUUGGUACAGAGGUGGUCGCUUUUGGUUACGUGAUACAAACAGUAGUAAUGGCACUUUUGUCAACAGUACACGAAUUGUCAAGCGAAAUGAUGAAGAGUAUGCUGAUCGUGAAAUAUUUUCCCGUGAUAUUAUUCGUUUCGGUGUUGAUGUCGUUGAACAUGACACUACUCAUGGCUGUAUCAUAGCACAAGUGUCUUUAUACCUUCCGAAUGGAGUUGAAGCGAAUAAAGGUGUUGAGCCUAUUAGCAAUAAUAUUGCUACUGGUAUUAGUACAAUUACUAUCAAUAGCGAGCAAAUGUUCCGUCUUACACAUUAUAUCGGCGAGGCUUUGUUUCGUGAACAGGUUCUAGACAAUAAACUAGAAUCUAUAAAACAGUUAUUACAAGAGACACAAGAUGUUUCUGAGGCUGGUUGGCAAGCCAUGGUGAAUCAAGAACGACUUUUGGAGAAGUUAAGCCUUUAUGAAACUGAACUUUCCUUAUUAAAACAGGAUUUACCAGAAAAUUCGUUACAAUCGCACUUAGUACAAGUCCUGGAAGAGAAGUUCAACCUUGAACAGGCAAGUAAAAUGAUGCUGGAACGCCUAUUGAAUGAGAAAACAGAAGUCUUUAGCAAAGCAACAAAUCUUGAGCAUUCUUUAAUUGACUCUCAAAAAGAGUGUAUCCGUCUUCGUCAAAACUAUGAAAGUAUUCAAGAGGCCUAUCAAAGUUUAGCGAAUGAAAGACAAAGCUUGUUACUGACAAAACAAGGAUCAGAGAAACAAUUAACGGAGGACAAAGUAGAGAAAUCAGAAUCAAAGGAUAAUAUGCAAAAAGUAUGUAACGACAUACGGAGAAAUUAUGAUGGUGAUGCUUUGAAGGAUACUAAUAAUGAUGAUGAUGAGAAUGUCCUCGUUAAUGGCUUGGAUAAUGGCAUUUCAAAGGUUAUUGAUAAUCAUGAUGACAAAUUAAAUAAUGAUGCUAACCAACGACUUGGUGCUGUGGAUAACAUUGAUCAACCAGAAGUAUUGGAAGCUGAUAGCUUCUGCGAAAGUGAAGUUGUUGAAGGUUCACACAAUGGACCGAUUUCCGAUGAUGAAAUACAUGAAAGUAUCCGACUUUUCAGUCAUUCUGCCCAAAUCAUUAAAUCGUUACAAGAUGAACUGAAUAUUUUAAACAAAUUACGCAGAUCAGAUUUAUCAACUCCGUCAUUACCGGUGAAAAUGGAGUCAUUGAAAAAUAAACCUGAUUCUUUAGAUUCACUAAUUGAUACUGUUGUUAGUACAGAUAGAAAUACAGAAAAUCCUAAAUACGAUUUAGUCAAUUGUUGUAAAGAUCAAAGUUUUGAAACAGCACUACAACGUGCUACAAAGUAUGCAGCAUUAAUUGGAAAAUUUCAAGAUCGUGUUAAUGUUUACUUGAGCUCUUUAUCUACUUCACAUAAUCAACCUGAUACUAAUAAUACGGAUACUGUCAACAGCACUACUGAUACCUAUGCUCCUACAAGUGCUCUAGUAACUGGCAAUAUAAUCAAAAAAGACGCCAGUAUCGAAACAGAAACAUAUUUUGAUGGACCGAUUUGCUCAAAAGUUGAAUUGAAUCACUUGGAGACGUCUUUAUUAAGUAAACAUUCAGAUGCUGGCGAAGGAAAACCAGAAGAAGGAGCAGAAGUUUCAAAACUUCGUGCUGCUUUGAUGGAGUCUUCAAAGGAGAUUGAAGAGUAUAAACAACUAACCGAUGAUUUACGCAGUCAAGAUGCUGCUAAAGCAGAAUUGCUAUCACUAGUCCGUGAAGAAUGUGAUGCUCUACGAUCUAGAAUAUCUGUAAUUGAAAGUGAUGUUGCAACCAGUCGUUCUGAUCAUCAUCGGCUUAUUUCUGAAGCGAGGAGAGCACAGGCAGAAAUUGAUGAAUUAUUACGUGAACGUGAUAAACUAUCCGAUCAACUAAAUGCUUCGAAUCGUCAAGUGGAGCAUUUGCAGGGACUUCUUGCCACUACACUCUUAGGUGAACCUAAGAGUUCUGUGGAUUCUGAUAAUACAAAGGCUGCAACCCCCAAUGAGACGCCUAGUUCAAAUUCAACUUCCCAAAAUAUUUAUGCAGUUAACCAGUGUCCUACAUCUUCCAGUCCGAGAACUAAUCAUAUCCAAUUAUACGAGUGCUGUUUUUCCCUAUUCGCUGUUAUUCCCAUGAUGGUGCUGAUUUGUGCGUUCAUGGUGUAUAUUUUUCUGCAGUUUGUUCGAUGACCUGACUGACCAUACACAAUAACCAACUAGAAUGAAAUUCAGUCCUUAUCACACACACGCACACAUGCGCGCGCGCGCGUCUACGCAUACACGCCGUGGUCUACAAAUUUGGAUAAUCUCUUAUUCCGGUAACAAUAUGAUACAUAUUUCUUUCUCUGUGGAUAAUUUUGAACUUUGUAUAGUUGGAUUUGGUAUUACAAAUUGGUUUUUUUUGUGCUUCUAUUAUCGUUAUUAUUACUAUUUUCUUGUUCAACUUCGUCCAUUUCAAAAUAGCAGAACAAAACCUUUCGUGAUCUGUAGGUGUGCGUGCACACGUGUGCUUAUUGAGUCACAGUCUCGGGGAUUGUUCGUCUUGAUUUACAAUUUUUCUGCCUGUCCCACAGUAUUAUAAUCCACGAACAUCUACCACCAGCCAACAACACAACCAGCUUUUGUUUUUGUAUCACACACAAACACACCCUUCACAUGUAUACUGAUGAAUUUUUUCGUUUGUUUUUGAUCAGCGAAAAUCUCUUCUCUGUGUUAUGAUGUAAUGUGGUGGUGGUGUCAGCAUAAAUAUUCACAUUAUUGUACAUUUGAAACCAAAAUGGCUGUUCUCCUGGCUACUCAGUUUCAGUUUUUACUCUUAGCUAAUUUAGAGGU